UCCCCGUUCGCUGAUUCCUUGUCCUGGUGCUAAGUACUCGAGUGUGCUAGCAGGAUCAACAGCUGAUGUGAUCUCUCGGCGAGUUCGGAUGUCGUCGACCCAUCAAACCGCAAUGAUGGUCGCGUUUCGAGUGCUGCCCGCGAGAAUCGGGAGGUGCACCGCCCCUGGCGACCCAUGCUUCAACUGUCAGCCUCGCAUGCUGGACACACUCUCACGCCCGCACUUGCCAGCCCGCUGCCAGACGCCUGUAGUCGUACAUUACGCUGCGAGGUGGAUGAUUGUGUGCAUUUGGCGGGUAUGAAUCAGCUCACAUAUCCAGUUGCUGCCGCGCUGGUACUUACGGUUGCUAUGCGCCCUCCCACACCGGAUCAAGCGAGAUCACCCAGCCUCUUACGGACAAAUUAUCUCCCCCCUGCUAGCAGGCCGUGGACGGACAGGCCCCGGGCCUGGACGCAUGCAGAGACCUCCAGAGGCCUUGUCAAUGGAUGGCCCCUAAUGAGAGUUUCAGGCCCACGAGUGGCGGAAACGCAGCCGCUUCGAGUGAUUCAAGAUGGGCACGCUUCGCAUCGGGGGCCGGAUGCGUUUGUGCAAUUUGUUAUCGCAGCAUGAUCGGAAGCGCUUCGAUUCCGGGGAUUUUCGAAAUCACAAAUCUUGGUUGGGCCUGCCUGUGGCGUCGCAAGCUCAUAUCCAUGAUCGCCAUUUAUAUACCCUUCUAAUAGCCACUUGCGAGCCGCACCGCGUCUGUUUCCGGCCCACCCCAUAUGCCGCCCUCGCGACGCAACGUCUGGCCACCCACACCCCCGCCCCCGUCGUCCGAGCAGGAUCGUCUGGAACGCUUGGAAGCUGAGAAGGAGGCUAAACGGGUGCGUCGCAUUGUCGCGGCAGAGGCCGCGUCGCCCUCUCGGUAUCUCUGAUCUUAUUCGGCGCGCUCCAGGUGAGCAAUGCCAUCGACGAGCAGCUGGAGGUGGAGCGAGAACAGCGGCGUCGGCCGGCUAAUGCCACCGUCCUGCUCUUAGGACAGGCCGAGUCGGGCAAAUCUACGAUUCUGAAGAACAUCCAGCUGCACUUUGCUCCCAAGGCCUUCCAAGCGGAGGCCGAGGCCUGGCGCCCCGUCAUCCAGCUGAACCUCGUCCGCUCAGUCAACUUCAUUCUCGGCCUGUUAGCCAUCCGACAUCCGAGCACGUACAUGGGUGGCAACGCGCCUGCCGCAUCCGACGCGACUGCCUUCAGUGGGCAACUCCGCCGGCUGUCCAUCAGCCUCGCGCCGCUCCGGCAGGUGGAGGAGACGCUCUCGAACCGCAUCGCCGGGGCCCGGCCACCCGAGGACACCAGCAGUAACCACGCAGACAACGAGCGGUACAAUCCUGCGAAAGCUUCCGAAAUUAUGCUUCGCUCGGGUAGCAAUUGGACCGCGUUUCUCCGGUUCCGCCGUGGCUCGAUGGCGGAUGCUGACCGCACCGAGAAGGCCGAAGCUGUCCAGAUUCGGCGGAUUCUGAGUGCCUGCGCCAAGGACAUCGUCGAAGUGUGGACGGCCGCAGAGAUCCAGCAGGGAUUGAGGGACCGCGAGAUCACGCUGCAGGAACAGUCGGGAUUCUUCCUGGACCAGGUCGAACGAAUAUGUCGCGAAGAUUACAUCCCAACUCCCAACGACAUUUUGCGCGCGCGAGUGCACACUGUGGGCCCGGAAGAGCAUAUUAUUUAUAUGGAGAAUGGCGGGGAGAAUGUCAAAUCAUGGACCGUAUACGAUGUCGGUGGUUCGACCAGUCAACGAGCCGCAUGGGCGCAAUUCUUCGACGAUGUGCAUGCAAUCAUUUUCAUGGCUCCGAUGUCAGCCUUCAACGACACACUUGCCGAAAACCGGUCAGUCAACCGCCUGGUCAGCUGCUUCGCGAAACGCACAUCCGGCUUUGAUCUGAUCGCUUCCUGGUCAGGCCGACUCGCUCAAGUUGUGGAGGACGAUCUGCAGCAACAAGCUGCUUGUCGCCGUUGAAUUCAUCUUGGUCCGUCAUGCUUCGCGGUUGCCGUCCCGGAACUGCCGACCGAUGAUGGCGAUUAGUUCUUGAACAAAGUCGACAUCUUGACCCGCAAAAUCGAGUCGGGCAUCCGGUUCUCGGACCAUGUCACGUCGUACAGGGACAAGCCCAAUGAGCCCAAGGAGAUCAUCAAAUAUCUGUCGGACGCCUUUGCCACUAUCAAUCAAACGUACUCCCCCCGGAAGCGCAAGAUCCAUCGACAUGUAACAUGUGCAGUGGACACAGAGGCUACUUCGAUCGUCAUAAACGACGUGCGGGAGGUCAUCUUACUGAAGGCCCUGGCCGCAACCAGCAUCCUGUGAAGCAUCAUCCAUCAUAUUUAGACCAUUGUUGUAUCACCACACCACUCACUACCUCGCUUCCGGCGACGUUAAUUAGUAGUACCUAUCAUCUACCCCGCAAUGUAUUACACACCACCUAAUAAUGGUUCUCAUUCACUCUGCCAGCGCCGCCGGCCGCAGCACGAGCCCAAACCUGUCGACGACAAUUUGCACGAUGUCCCGCCAUUCGGUCAUCGCGCCCAUCCCUGUAGUCGUCAUUGAGACAAGCCGUCAGGAACAGCUGAUCUCACUCACCGAUGUCCCCGCACGCCAGCUUCUUGCCGAUCGGACCCACCACUUGAUACUUGACGACAUCCCGCACGAUGCGCACAUGCUCGGAAGUCAGCGGGUGUUCGUACAUGAGCGUGUUCAUAGCAGGGAAGAUGUAUGUCGGCGUCGUGGGAGCCAGAGCACGCAUCAAUGACGUCUAGACCGUGAUUAAGCUACUUAGUGGGGACGGAGGGAGUCGGUAAAGCAAUCGCACUGCUAGAUUAUCGCACGUGCCGU